UGCUGGGGCUUUUUGCCUCGGCGACAGGGAGCUCUGAGUGGGGGGAGAAAAAGGACAAAACCACCUGUGAAAGAGACCUACUCUUUUUAAAAAUGAGGCCAAUGUUAGUUUAUCUUUUGCUAGUUUCUGUUCCGACCUUAAUAUCAGCUGAUUUCAUAAUAACAGAAUCAGAAGAUCAUGGGGUUGGGUAUGGAAGACUUUCACCAAACUAUCGGCCAUUAAAAACGUUACUAAAGAAAAGAAGCACAAAUGGACUGCAAUACAAAGACAGAGAAAAGAUUCAAGUCUACAGCUUGAAGAUCAAUUCCAAAAUUACAUCUCGAUUUGCUCACAAUGUGAUAACAAGCCGUGUGGUAAACCGAGCAACUAAAUCCAAGGAAGCCCUCUUUGAAGUUGAGCUGCCCAAAACAGCUUUCAUUACCAACUUUACCAUGACCAUUGAUGACGUGAAAUAUUUUGGAGAAGUUAAGGAAAAAGAAGCUGCUCACCAACAGUAUAAAGCUGCAGUGUCCCAGGGACAGACUGCAGGAUUGGUCAAAGUAUCUGGAAGAAAAAUGGAAAAGUUCAAAGUAUCAGUAAAUGUUGCACCAGCCAAAAAAGUGAAUUUUGAACUAACCUAUGAAGAAUUAUUAAAACGCAAAUUGGGAAAAUAUGAGAUGAUCCUCAAAGUAAAACCUAUGCAGCUUGUCAACCAUUUCCAGAUUGAUGCCCAUAUUUUCGAACCAAAGGGCAUUGCCUUCCUCAAUGUCCAUGGAACCUUUUUAACAAAUGAUCUGGAACAAGCUAUGGUGAAGAAUAGAACAGAAACCAAGGCUCAUAUUUCCUUUAAACCAACCCUGGAGCAACAGCGAAAAUGUCCUGAUUGCAGUGAAACGCUGUUGGACGGAGACUUGAUCAUACAGUAUGAUGUGAAUAGAGACCUGUCUGGUGGGGACGUACAGAUUGUGAAUGGCUACUUUGUUCACCAUUUUGCACCUGCAAAUCUACCAAGAGUACCUAAGAAUGUCAUCUUUGUGAUAGACCGCAGCUUUUCUAUGCGAGGCCUCAAAUUCAGACAGACAAAGCUGGCUCUACUUAGAAUAUUAGGAGAUAUGAGCACACAGGAUUAUUUUACAAUAAUCAGUUUCGAUUCUACCAUCGAAAAGUGGAGAGAUUCAUUAGUUCAGGCAACUCCUGAAAAUGUUUUGCAAGCGAAAAGAUACAUCAUCUAUUUACAGCUUGGAGCAGAAACAAAUAUAAAUGAUUCUCUGCUACUGGCUGUAAGUCUUCUGGAUACAGCUCUCAAACAAAAGCAACUGCCUGACAGAAGUGUAUCCAUGAUAAUUCUUUUAACAGAUGGCGACCCAAAUGUGGGGGAAAAGGACCCAGUAAAAAUCCAAAUCAACGUUAAAAAUGCCAUACAGGAGAGGUAUAGUUUAUACUGUCUUGGCUUUGGUUUUGAUGUUGAUUACAGUUUCCUGGAAAAAAUGGCACUGGAUAAUGGUGGUGUGGCUCGACGUAUUUAUGAUGAUUCUGAUUCAGCCUUGCAGCUCCAGGGCUUUUAUAAUGAAGUAGCAAAUCCCUUGCUUUUGGAUGUCGAAAUGCAAUAUCAGGAGAAUGCCAUUUCAGACUUAACAGAGGCCACUUUUAGACAGUUUUAUGAUGGAUCUGAAAUUGUCGUAGCUGGCAAGAUAUCAGACAACAGUCUUGAUGUGUUCAUGGUAGAAAUUACAGCUAAAUCUGCUAGCAGUAAUUUAUCUCUUGAAGAGGAAGUCAAUGUGACAGAGGCAGAGAGCAUUCUGCAAUAUCAACAAUAUAUUUUUGGUGAUUUUACUGAGAGACUGUGGGCCUACUUGACUAUUCAACAACUCCUAAAUCAAAGAAUUUCAGCUGAUGCUGGGGAAAAGAAAAAACUAACAGACAGGGCCUUGGAACUUUCGCUGAAGUACAGUUUUGUAACACCACUAACUUCAAUGGUUGUGACAAAACCUGAGGAGGACAAAAUGGAUGUAAUUGCCAUGGCUGACAAACCCAUUCAAAACGCCAAACUCCAGAAACAGCUGAAUGGAGGGUAUUCCACUAGAAUGCAAGGUUUACUUCCAGUACAAAGGGGCCCUUCAUUACAUGAUUUCCCUGCGUCAAGGCAUCACUCAAAGACACAAGGACAUUUUCCUACAUUAAAUUUUGCAUCAUCUGAUAUUACACAGUUUGGAGCUGGAGGAACACAGCAGGCCAGGCAGCAUCAGAGGAGCAGGAAAGCUGAUGUUUCAGCUGACCAUGUAGUAACUAGUGUUGAUGGAGAUCCUCAUUUCAUUAUCCAACUGCCGAAACAACAGAAUGCCAUCUGUUUCAACAUUAAUGGGAAACCAGGUUCAAUACUAAAUCUUGUCACAGAUCUACAGACAGGCAUAAAAGUAAAUGGACAAUUAAUAGGAGACAAGAAAGUAGAAAACAACCAGAAAAUAAAUACAUACUUUGGAACAUUUGGGAUUGAAAACAGGAAAAUCCACAUGAAAAUGGCAGUGACAACUGAAAAAAUCAACAUUUAUUACAAUGAAGAAAAGAUUAUUAUCCCUUGGUCAACUACAGCAACAUUAACAUAUGAGAGCUGCUCAGUCACCAUCUGGAAAGAGAAAGAUCUCACAAUAAUGAUGGGGGAUGGUGCAACAUUCAUUAUCGUGCUGCAUCGGGUCUGGAAAAAUCACCCUCUGCACAGAGACUUUCUGGGAUUUUAUACACUUGAUAGCCACAGGCUUUCAAAUAUGACUCAUGGAUUACUUGGCCAAUUUUACCAUGAUGUUGAUUAUAAGGUGUAUAACAUCCAUCCCGGAUUGGACCCAGAAAAACCAGAUGCUACAAUGGCUAUAAAGGGUCAUAAUCUGACAGUAACAAGAGGAUGGCAGAAGGAUUAUCGACUGGAUUCAAAGUGGGGUGCCAACAUCCCAUGCUGGUUUGUUCAUAACAGUGGGAAAGGAUUUAUUGAUGGAACUCACACUGACUAUGUUGUUUCCUCCUUAUUUGACUAAACACCCAUACAGCUGAUCAGUUUAAUAAAAAGAGAUGAUGAAAAAU